GUUUGGAGAGGUGGGCGAUGGCCCAAAGUUCACGCGUCAAGUGCCUUGAAAAGCCCGCAGAGGGCCCGCGCGCGCACGCGGAGAGCUCGGUCCUGACUCGUGGACGCCACCAGCAUCACUGUAGGGUGCUCGGAGCAUCCUCGUCCCCUGUCCUCACUCAGCCUUCUGACCUUCGGCCUUUUCCCUUGCCCUGUGGUCAGCCGUGGCUCACAGCCUGCUGGCGUCAGUUCCACUUGCCUACCUCAGCACUAGAGCCGCAGUCUGGGCCUCAGUUUCUCCACCUGCAAAGCAGCGGUGAAACAGCUGCUGAGGGAAUGAAUGCGCUGUUGAAGGUGCAGCCCCCAGGACGCGGCCUGGGGUAGUGUCUGCACGCAUUGAAGCCGUGGGCUCUCCAACAAGCUGCUUCGCCUCUCUGUGCCUCUUCGCGGCUUAGAAUUGUCCUGUAUUGUUUGCAGCCCACAACAGGGCACAGAGCUGCAGUUGAAGUCGUUGUUGGACCAUCUUUGGAAACCUCUUACCACAGCCCGCACAGCCAUGGACAACUCCAGCGAACAGGAACUCCAGCAGCCCUUACUGCCAAGCCCGGCCUCUGACCUCCUGGCUCCCAAAUCUGGCACACCAGAGCUGGGACCCCCCUUCCCAGGAGCAGCCUUUUCAGAGUCCCCGAGAGGCUGGCAGUUCCUCCUCCCACCUCUUUCUUCAGUGAGCGCUGGCCUGGGGGAACCUGAGAGCCCUGAUCUUGAGGACACAUCAUCCAGUGACAGUGACUCAGACUAUGACCAGGACGACCGCCUCUCCCCAGUCCUUCCCCAUGACCACCUCGGCCUGGCUGUCUUCUCUGUGCUGUGUUGUUUUUGGCCUGUGGGCAUCGCUGCCUUCUGUCUGGCCCACAAGACCAACAAGGCUUGGGCCAAGGGGGACGUCCAAGGGGCAGGGGCCGCCUCCCGCCGUGCCUUCCUGCUGGGGGUCCUUGCCGUGGGGCUGGGCCUGUGUACGUAUGCGGCUGCCCUGGUGACCUUGGCUGCCUACCUUGCCUCCCGAGACCCGCCCUAGUUGCCCUCCGGCCCCCACUGUGAAUGCAGAGGCCACAGCUCCAGCAACCCCGUGAGCAGAAUGAUCUUGAUGCCGAUGGUGGUGACUGCGAGGACCACAUCAUCCAGAACCGCAUCAGCUGGAGGCCCCCUCCCUUUCCUGGUCACCCCCACCCAGAAGGAAGCAAUUUAAGAAAUUAAAGAUACUGAGAGGCCAAA